CUGUAUUCCAUUCACAGUAAACGUUUGGACGUCAAUCACGCAAGUUUACGCGCUCGUUACCACUCGGAAAGUUGAUCGAUAUUUAUUUUAUUUUUUUUUUUCAUUUGUCUCGUGAUAAUAUAAAUAGCAACAAUAAUUCCAAAGUGCACUAUAACAAAACAAAAUACAACAAUAUAUCGUAUUCGUAUUAUUUUUUAAUUAUAGUUCUAUAAGUAUUUUAUAGAUUUAUAAAAAUGUCUCAUACGGUAACAGUUACCAGGACCACAACGUCUACAACAUCUGCUAUAAUCCUAAAUACUGGUUACGUGAAAUCGGUGCCUGGAUUAUUAAAAUUGGCUGAAGUUAUUUUAGGAGGUAUUGUCUUGGGUCUGUUGAUUUAUAACAGGGACAAUCUAUGUCAUUGUUGGGUGUAUGGCACGCACAACGCACAACUUUUUUUUUUGGGUACAGUUAGUGCGUUUUUCUUAACGAGUCUGCUGUUGUUGAUUUCUUGUCUUCUAUCAAUUUCUACAGGACCUAUUAUAUCUAAAACUAACUUUGAGUUCAUUUACCAUGGUGCUGGAUUUGUAUUUUUGUUGUUGGCAUCUGUGUUCCUAUUGCUCGAUGCAAAUGAUAAUAGUGGCCGUAACCCACAAAAUCACUUUGUGAUUGCAUCAAUUCUGGGAUUGAUAAUGGCAGCUUUUUACCUGUUAAGUUCAAUCUGGGGUUAUAGGUCAUACAGAGGCCCAUGAAUAACCUGUCAAUAAUAUUUUACACAAGCAUAGCCACACAGACAAAGAAAAUGGACGACUAGCAAAAAACGCACAAAUUAAUUAAGGAUAAAAGCCAGCUUGACAUAUAUAAUUUAUUGUAUAAAUUAUUAUUGUAAAGCAUUAUUAUAAUGACAGUUUUUUAUGGUCUAUCAAACUCUUUAUACUACAGUCAUGUCCUCAGAAUUUAUAUAUUAAUUUUUUUAACUAUGCUUAUGAGUUAUGACUUAUUAUACCAAAUGUGUUUGUGUUAUUUUUUUAAGUAAAUUAAGACAUAGAAAAACCUAUUGCCAUUUGCUCGUGUUUAACGAAAAAUUAAGAAUCUUAAGUUUAUUUUAAUUGCAUUGUUCAAAUCAUUAUACAUUUAAGUAAUAAC